AUGGCAGCGGGCGUCAGCUUUGAAGACAAAGCCCUGAUAUGGUUCAGAUGGACUGAUUCCAGGAGACCAUUCGCUUCGUGGAAGGAAUUGAAGACCCAGCUACUGAGUAGAUUCGGGUCCUCUCAGGAGGGCAGUCUCUGGGAGCUGUUAUUGGAACUCAAGCAACAGGGCAACGUCGCAGAGUUCUGGCAGGAAUUUGAGCUGAUUGCCGCAUCCAUGGAGGAGCUAUCGGAGGAGAUGCUGGAAGAGAUCUUUAUCAGAGGCUUGAAGGCAGAGAUUCAGGCUGUGAUCCGAUAA